UAGAGGGCGCUCAGGGGCGCCGCCGCUUCCUCCCGCCGCCCCUCCCGCCAGCCGGGAGCCCUGGGGACCGAGUCUGCACGCCGCCCGGGACCCGGAGCGGGGAGGGCCGCGCCGCCGCCGCCGCCGCCUCCUUCCGCUGGCCAUGCAUUCUUCCGGCUCCCGCAGCCCGGGCCCGGCCCCGGCCUGCCCGAGACAGGACCGACGCCAAUGUGAGAAUGGCUGUGACCGUGGAAGAAGCUCCGUGGCUGGGCUGGACCGUAGCGAAAGCCCUGAUGAGAUUUGCCUUCAUGGUCGCCAACAACCUGGUUGCUAUCCCAUCCUACAUCUGCUAUGUAAUUAUACUGCAGCCCCUCCGAGUGCUGGACAGUAAGCGCUUCUGGUAUAUCGAGGGACUCAUGUACAAAUGGCUUUUAGGAAUGGUGGCUUCUUGGGGAUGGUAUGCAGGAUACACAGUGAUGGAAUGGGGGGAAGAUAUUAAAGCAAUCUCUAAUGAUGAAGCAGUGAUGUUGGUGAACCACCAGGCAACUGGAGAUGUGUGUACAUUGAUGAUGUGCCUACAGGACAAAGGACCGGUUGUUGCUCAGAUGAUGUGGCUGAUGGAUCAUAUUUUCAAGUACACAAACUUUGGAAUUGUUUCUCUGAUUCAUGGGGACUUCUUUAUAAGACAGGGAAGAUCUUAUCGUGACCAACAGUUACUGGUUCUCAAGAAGCACCUAGAACAUAAUUAUAGGAGCAGAGAUCGAAAAUGGAUUGUUUUGUUUCCUGAAGGGGGCUUUCUCAGGAAGAGGAGAGAAACAAGCCAGGCAUUUGCCAAGAAAAAUAACUUGCCAUUUCUUACACAUGUCACUUUGCCAAGGUUUGGGGCAACAAACAUUAUACUGAAUGCACUUGUAGCACGGCAGGAAAAUGGAAGCCCAGCAGGAGGAGACGCUAGAGGAUUAGAAUGCAAAUCAAGAGGCCUCCAAUGGAUAAUAGAUACAACCAUAGCUUAUCCCAAAGCUGAACCAAUAGAUAUUCAGACCUGGAUCCUUGGAUACAGGAAACCAACAGUCACUCAUGUUCAUUACAGGAUUUUUCCAAUUAAAGAUGUGCCCUUGGAGACUGAUGACCUCGCCAGUUGGCUCUAUCAACGGUUUAUUGAAAAGGAGGACCUCUUGUCACAUUUUUACAAAACAGGGGCCUUUCCUCCUCUCCAGGGCCAGAAGGAAGCUGUUUCCAGGGAGAUGACCCUCAGCAACAUGUGGAUAUUCCUCAUUCAGUCCUUCGCGUUUUUGUCAGGCUACCUGUGGUACCACAUCAUUCAGUAUUUUUACCAUUGCCUAUUUUAGGAACUGACUUGGACUUGCCACAUAAGAGUUCAGACUUCAUACAUGUGCAUUAUUUUACAUGUGCAAAUCUAAAUAUACAAAUCAAAAUAUAUAAAAAGCAAAGGAAAUUCAAAUGGAUGGAUUAAUGUUUAUCCCCCUUUGGGAUAUUUUAAAACUCUACUACAAUGAGGAUCAGUAAUACAAUGAUGUGCUAAUAUAUUUUAAGAACUUUUCAUGUUUUAAAGAGAUACACUCUACCAUAUGUUUAUGCAAGCAUCACACUGGGAGAAGAGGAAAUCAUAAAAUCAUCCUAGAAGACUCCAAAAGAAACUGUUGCCACCAGAUGCCCUUGGUCGUGCCCCUGUUCAGAAGCAGUGCUCCUCUUUAUUAGGGCAGAGCUUCACAACGUUAAUGUGUCCACCCAUCAUGCUGAGGUACUGGUAGCCUGGAGAGCUGGUGGGUAAGUCCUGAGGACUGGUCUGCUUAUCUAGCAAGCUGCAGUCCUCAACCCUGGCUGAGGUACAGUGUUGGCAUUCUGUGGGGAGCAGUGUCCACUGUACACCUGAUCACUGUGUCUCCAGAAAGGCUAGCUCAGCCCAGCACCGUGUUUACAUGUGCUAGUGUUUCCCUUCUGUCGGGAGAGGGGAGCACCCACUUUCUCUUUUUGUAUAGAAGGCACAUCAUAGAAUGAAUAUUGUAUUUUACAAAAUGCACUUUUAUCAGAUGCAAAUAUAGCGAAGGAUAGUAACCCAGCCUGACACAAAGGGAAGCCUCACCUGUGAGCAGGCUCCCAGGAGGCUUUCCUGUCUGCGUGCUUGCCCAUGAUAUGCUCCAGCACCAUCUUCAUUGGCCACCUCCCUGACCCCAUUCCCCUGUUGGUAGCUGGAUUCCCCCCCACCCCCAAUUUUGACAUAGUAGCACCAAAUGUAUUUGGGGGCAGUUAAAGCAAAUUAACGUAAAACAUUUAAAUGACCAGUUUAAGGGAAAUAGACUAGCUUAUUAGGAAAUAAAAGGUAGAACCAGACAUUGGCUUGCAGUAUUGACAGGGCCUCCUGUGGCCCCCAGAGUCUGUGCAGACAUCAGUGUGUUCUGUCAAUAGCGUCAAGCAGCUGCCCCUCUCAGGGCGGCAGGACCAGGGCACAGCAGCUCAGUGCACUUCUCAGUCUCUUCCAGCUGUCCUUGAAGAGGGCAGAGUCCAGAAAAAGUUUUAAAUUUGUCAUUGUGUUCAUGUGGUUUACCUCCUAGGAGAACUGAACUUUGCAAAAAGUGCAGGUACUGCAUCAGUACUGAGACAGAGGGUUUGUUCAGGGUGGUGAAGUUCCUAAGCUUGAAAGUCAGCAGUGUUCUGUGGCAUGAACACUGUAGACCCCCCCAUUGUGACUAACAACUUAAGGAGCAAUUCUGAGAAAUAGGCUGUAAAACAAAAAUAAAGACUAAUGUUUUCUGUUCUCAAAUAAACCAAAAGGAAAAAAGAAAGUGGAAAAGAUGCGAAUAUUCCCCAGUUGUAUGGGAAAGGCUGACCAACACCAAAUAAAAGCCUAUAGCAGCUUCAUCUUUAACAAACCCAGAGCACGUGUGGAGGAGAAUGACGUGUUCCUGACAUACCUCACUGGUACCACACCACCACUGUUACAGUGCAGGAGACAGUGGGUUUGGUUGUUAUAAAGCAUUUCACUCUGAUUUUCAGUGACAGUGAAGAGGUAAAGAAAGCAGCCCUAAUCUGGAAAUGAUGAGCAGCCAGAAAGAAGCUACUCAGUGCCUCUAGUUGAGGCCCAGGAACGAGUGUUCAUUUGCAGCAUGAAUUGAGUUGAGACAUUAGUUGGCCAUCUGGGGGAGAAGUUGUUCACUGUCAAGUAUAGCAUGCAGUCCUAGCUAGCAGACCAUUUCCUCAUUGCAAAGCAAGCCACAGACCAUGGUGGCCAGUUCCUGUAUGGGUCUGUAUAUCCAUACGUGCAGACAGAUGUGUGGCUCUGGCCCACUGCUACCACUACUAUGCUCCGAAAGGAACGUGAUCAUUGAGUAUAGUGUACAUGUUAAACCCACUCCCCUAAGACGCGUUACUUUCCAAUGCAGUUUCAUUUCCACAGUCUCUAGAGUGACAAGUAACUAUAGAUUUGUGAGCUAACUUUUGAUAAUAGGCAUGAGCUGUAAAUAGAUAUGUAUUUGAUUUGUCCUACACCUCUUCAGUUCUUCAACAUGUCUUCUGUGUGCAAAACACAUUUGAGAGUAUUGAUAGUGCUUCCUUAUCAGUAGCUGGAGUCCACCUGCGUGUACUGGGGAAUGUGAAGAGAGAAUAGCUGUUCUUAGGUAGUCUGGGGAAGCAGUAUGCCACUGAAGAGAACUGAAUAAAAUUCCCCAUUUGUACUUAGUGUGUAAAGAAAGAAAGCUAAUGUCUUAAGUCAGGGGAAAGUGAGUAAAGCCACUCCAGUUUACAGAGGCAUCCUUUAUGGUUGCAGCUCUUUGCCCUCAGCUGGACUGCCUGACUUCCUGCAGACGGGCUGGGCAAUUCACAGGCAAGACCAAGCAGCAACUCACCUCACCCAGUUCAGAAAUACACAUAUGACAGAAAAGCCUGUAAGUAGUGGGAGCAAAGAAAAACCAGAAUGGAAUGAAGCUUGAAUGGAUAAACAAGUUAGAUGAGAAUUUAAUAAAGUAUGAAAAUGGUUAUCUGUGGGUUCUGAUCUGUCAUGUGUUAGUUUUUGGUAUUACAACUCAUAAAUUCCUACAGCAAAAACUAGGGAUGCUGAUUAAGUAGUCAGUUACAGGGUAGUUAAUCCAGUAUUAAGUCAUAGGAAGCCAAAAAUUAAAUUCUGUGUAGGAAUUUCAGACAACCAGCACAGACAAAGCACCAAAGCCAGCAUAGCCCAUGGGCUGGAAAGGCAUCCCUGAACAAGACAGGGUUGGCACAGCUGAAAUUGUUCCAGAGAUGGAGUCUUAAGUCACCCAUUGUGGCCCUCAGAUGUGAUCCUAAUGUUGCUAUCUGGAUCAAUGUUGGGAAUGCCGCUUCAUUCAUGGUCACGUGUGUGGCUCCCUUCUCAUUAAUUUGUCUUAGUGACGUGUUUUGACAAUCGGUAAAGACUAAAGACUCUUACCAAUUUGGUCCUGGUUAUAGUCACAGAAAGUAGUCUUUGAUCAUAGGUAGUCUUCUGUAUCCCGUUAUGUUUGUUUGCACUACUGAACAGGGGAGCUAACUGAUGUUUUUGUUUCAUCCUUUUUCUUUGAAGUCACUGCACAAUAGUGAACACAGGAUUUCGCUCCAGAGUUAUCAUUACAAAAAGUGUGUUCAGCUCUGGUCCACAAAGGAUGGAUGAUAAUGGUGUCUUCUGUGGGAUUUUUGCCCUUCAAGUGCCGUGAGCCUUCUGUCUGCAGACAGGAGAGUCAAAGGUGCUCUGGGUCACAGGUGUGCUAGUUCAUGUCAGGAUGGGUAGAGACUAAUGUGUUUGGGACCAAAACCACCUAAGUUGGAAGUUUCUGGAUCACAAAGGAGCCUGGCGUACUCUGUAGCAGUCACUGGUUGGUGCUGUCUGGUGGUCGUUUUGCACCAGCCCUCAGUAAUUGCAAAGUGGGCUCUGAGAACAUGCUGCAGGCUCUUAACUGUUGGGGGAGAAUGGCCAUAGUCAUGUGAAAGAUACAAUCUGGCGCUUUUUGCAGAAAUUCCAUCUGAGGAUUUUUACACUUAAUAUUUUUUUAAAACAGUCUAAAGAGCAAAAAAUUUUAUGUGUAUUAUAGUUGCAAAGUAUGCAAACUCUUUGAAUGAUUUUAUUUUUAUUGUGUAAAACUGUUGAACACGACUGUGGUGCACAAAUUCUUUACAUGUAAGGAGUCUAUGCAUUUUACAGUAACAUCUUAUGAUUGGGUAAUGAGACAGUUAUACAUUCAACUGCCAUUGUUUUUAUUAAGUGCUUUCAUUUUCUUUACAAUCAUCACAACACUGUAUUUAUUUUCUACAGGUGGAUUUUUGUUUUCAUGAUGCUGUAAUGUUUACUUGAGCUUGCUGAGCUUUCCUUGUGAUCCUCACGUCACAGUGUUUGUUUUAAGAAUGACUGUGAAGGCCAUGGCAACCGUAAUUCACUUUUGUAAAGGGCUGGUCACAUGUGGAUCUGGUUUCUGAAUGCAUUGGGAUGAUUUUACCAAAUCACCUUUUCAGAAAUUUAGAUAUUGUGAAUACCAAAAGAAGAAGCAUUUUCUCAGCAAAAAUUAAUAGCUGGUUCUAUUUUUUUUUAAUGUAGAGAAAAUAAAGUUGACUUUUUUUCCCAAAACAAUGCUUUUAAUUCUUAAUAGUGGGGGUGGGUGUCUGUGCUAUCCUGGAGCUCCUCAACACUGACUGCUGCAGCAUGUGCCUGGAGCUCAGCAUUCAGUGGCCAGUGAGAAAACUACCCCGUCCCUUAUGGGACUUAAAAGAUUUGCCCUUCCCCCAGUCUGCUCAUUUGGUGUGUGCUGGUAAAUGUUUAGCAGUCCUCUCUCUUGGAAAAAAUGAUGUAUGUAAGUACACAUACAUGUGUAAUAAAUGUUUCUGUUAACAGAUAUUUAAUGCAGUUAGCAAAUAAUAAAAUAUAAAUAAUUGAUUUUUACAAUAUAAUUGUCAUUGCUGAACCCUCAGAGCCAACCUGUGACUGAAUAUCAACCUUGAUUUGAUUGAUGGCAUUAUGUUCUGGUAUACUAACCAUCUCCACAUAAACUGUCAUCCAGUCUAGUGUACGACUUACUACUAGACGCUUACCUGUGAACAGAACCUCCUUUUAGCUUCAGCAUUAAUUAGGAGUUUAGAUAAUUUGGUUUUAAUUAUAUUAAAACCUUAAAAUUAAAUGAUCAGAAGCCAGGUGGUGUUGGCGCACGCCUUUAAUGCCAGCACUCAGGAGGUAGAAGCAGGCGGAUCUCUGAGUUCAAGGCCAGCCUGGUCAACAGCGUGAAUUCCCAGGACAGCCAGAGAAACUCUGUUUCAAAAAAACCAAAAACAAAUGAUCAGCUCUUGUCAAGUCAGAGCUGCCUUCAUCACACCACUUUCCUCUUUUUGUGUUUUGAUAUGAUUUAAUUAUUAGCAUUGAAUAAAGUUCUCAGAAUUGAUUUACUCACUAAUCCAAGAAAAAUCCUGUCAUUGACCCUUGCAGCUUUUAAAGUGUGGGAAAAGCACUGAAAUCGAUAUGACCAAGUAAGCUUUCGAUUGUGGGGAGUCUGAUAAUAGCAAGCUUUUCAGGAAGCACAGUGGCCAACUGUGCUUCUCAGAGCUGAGUAAAUGCGGUACGCCUAUCACUAAGAUUUUUUUUUUAACAUUAAAAACAUUGAUGGUUUAGUUACUUGUUUGUAAAAUGUGUUUACCCCAUUGAAAACUUUUAAUGUAUUAAAAUAUCUCGCACAGUCCUACCAAAUAAGUUAAAUAGUUAGAGUUCAGUCUACCUCUUUUUUUUUUCUGGCUGGAUUUAGGCUGCUGGUUGGUUGAGGCUGCAGUUUUAUUUCCCCUCUGAAGCACUUUGUGUGGAAGACAGCAGACUGGGGGCUGAGGCCUGAAAGCAGAUUUGAGGCUCUUGGAGAUCUGCUGCUGACCAGCCCUAUUCCCCAUGAGUUGGGGAAAGCCAUUGUUUUUAAUUCCCACUUAAUAUGAAAAUGUUUGUUUUAAAAAAUGUUUCUUGCUGGUGAAAAAUGUAUUUUUAAAAGGAAAAACCAAAUCCUCUUUUGGUCUGAGGAGUCAGCUGUAUGAGCAGGUGUGACCGUAUCAUAACAUGCUGAUGUCAUAGAAAUCAAUAAAUUUUUACCUCUCAGGA